AUGCUGCUAGAACAAGAAAACCCCAAGCAGCGGGGGCUUAAAGCCGAAUCCGAAAUUAUAGAUGCAAACGACGAAAAUGUUUUAAAUUUGUUUCUAAACAGUGAAGAAAAAGAAACCAAAAGGGAAAGGAAGUAUUCGCCACCAGUUAUACUAGUCCUUCCACAGCCCCUAACGAGACAGGAAUUAUUUUACUACGAGAAAUAUAAGCAUCUGGAGGGGGACAUUAAACACACUAAGCCUUUACUAUUAAGAGUUUCCCAUUUUGUGAAAUUGGCAGAAAUUAAAAGCAACAAUAAGGCAGAGGCCGUUGAAGAGCUAGCCAUCGCGGAAAAAAUGGAAGAAAAGUGCACCUCCAGGAUAAAUGUCAUUAACGAAGCGCUGGAGGAAAUAUCGUUCGAUGAAUCCACACGGGAAGACAAAAACACAAAAAGGCUUAAGGACGAACGAAUUUUCUUAAACCAGAAGAGGCGCGUUCUGGUAUGCUAUGAAAUGUGCUUCAAGAAUCAAAAAAUAGAAAAAAUGCGAUUAAUAAAUUAG